UACUUAGCAUUCCAAUUAAAUAAGCUAGAUAUGAUCUCAUCAUGCGGGAUAAAUCGAAACCUGUCGGUAUAAAACCUCAUGAAAACCACCAUCACACCAUCAGUAACUUACCACCAGUUUUGGAACGUACCCGCCAAUAUUUGACAGCUACAUUCUUUUACAAUGGGAUUUAAACUAAGCUUCGGAAUCGCGGUUUUCUGCCUAAUUUGUUUUUUAGAAACGCAAGGGUCUUUUAUUAAGGGGAAGAACAUUCCAAGGGUCGGGAGAAGCAACGAGGCCGAUGGGCCUUUUGACCAGGAGGCAAUGGGUUACGUUAUCAAGACAAUUCCGGCGAAAAACAUACCGCGCAUGGGGAGGAGGAAUUACGAUUCGCAAAAUCGCUAUGAUAUCCCGAAAUUUUAUCAAGCGCCUGCACAAAACUUGGAAUUAUUUGGAGAUGACGGUCAACCUGGAUUCAACCAAGAACAAAUAGAGGGUUAUUAUAGCAGCCAGCUGGAAAAUAUGAAGAAAUAAGAGACAGAAAUGCUCGACUUGGCUGGAGCACUACCGUGUCCCUAAAUAUUGAAAAUGGAUCAUUGGAUUUAAACCCUUUUUUUGUUGCUUUUGCUAACACUGUUAUUAUCUAGU